AUGAAACAGUUUGUGGCAGAAGUUGUAACUAUGGGAAAUCUACAGCAUGGGAACUGGGUUCCACGUCUUGGAUAUUGCAGAAGGAAAGGUUUCAAGAGGCAGAUACACCAAGGAGCUAUCUUCAUCGGAAGCAUAAUCCCAAUCAAAAGAAAAAGUUUUGCAUCCUCAGCAACCUCGCUUCUCACGUCGGUGACUCCAUUCAAUAACUUGCCUCCACCAAAAUUUAUGCUUUGCAAUAACGUUUGUUCGGUAAUCAAAGAUGCUUUUUCUGUAUACAUCACCACGAAAUCAACAAUUGUGGAUAUUGUUUACUCUUUGGUUCACAUCGCUGACUUAAACGAUCAAGAGGAGAGAGAUAACUUGGCCGCGAGAGAGAUCGCGCUGGCCGAGCAACACGAAGAUCCCCGGAUCCGAAUGCCGCGCACGAUCGCGCCAAUGAUGAUAUGCGAGAGAUAG